AUGGGCAGAUGCAUAUGCACCAUAGAGACUCCUUGGUCGAGUUUGUACGGCGUCGGUAGCACGCUCUACCUCGCUGGAAGCCUUUGCUAUACCUUCGCGGCAGUCUUUCCGGAGCUACCUGCUUUGCUACAUGCAGGGAACAUUACAUUUGUUUUGGGCAGCAUCGUCUUCACAAUUGAUGCCAUGUAUGUCCGCGGGAGUGCAAAAGCUGUGGACAACGCCGGCAAGGUGCAAAGUGGCAAGAUGUAUGAGUUGUACAAGUACAACGAACUCAAGGAUCCCAACAUGGGAAUGGAGGAAGGGAAGUUGCAGUUGCAGUUCGACAACUUGAGAUCUGAGAACUUCAAUUCAGCAGCCUUCAAUGGUCGCGACUGUCCAGCAAGCUCUAAAGGAGACUGA